AUGACCGUCCCUAUUGUCGCCGCGGCCGCCAUGCGAGGUCGUGAGCUGCCAGAGCUGGCGUCUAUUCCCUCGCUGCCGCUGUUUGUCGCAGCACGGAGUCAUGCGAAGAAUGACGACGCGAAGGUGGCUGUGAUCGAUCGCACGAAGGGGCAGAGCUUUACAUACCGGCAGCUAUUGUCGGACGUGUCAGCAAAGAAGAAAUGGCUGCUAGAACAUCUAUCGCUUACCGACCUAGACCAAAGACGGAUUGCAUUUCUCGUUCCGAAUGGCUAUGACUACGUCGUGAUGCAGUGGGCUGUAUGGGCCGCCGGGGGCAUUUGCGUGCCACUUUGCACCACACAUCCCGUUAAAGAACUUCUCUAUACGAUUGGUGAUUCCCAGCCCUCGUUGGUGGUUAUUCACCCCGCCUUCGCCAAGGUCGAGCCGGCGUUACGCGAGAAGGUUGUCGAUGUGCCAUUUGUAGAUUUCAUACCCAUUCUCCGCUCCGGGAGCGCAUCUUCAAUCUCACUGCCCCCAUUCCACGACUCGUUGCCUUUGGAUAGACGAGCGCUCAUGAUAUAUACCUCUGGCACGACGUCGAAUCCCAAGGGCUGUGUGACGACACACAAGAAUAUAACAUUCCAAGCAGACUGUCUGGUCAACGCAUGGAAGUAUACGUCCUCGGAUCACUUAAUACAUGUCCUGCCCUUGCAUCAUGUCCACGGAAUUAUAAACGGUCUCACUGCCUCGUUUCUGAGCGGUGCAACGGUAGAAAUGUACCCCAAGUUCGACCCCAAGACUAUCUGGGAAAGAUGGCAGGACAAGGGCUCAUCAACGAUGUUCAUGGCUGUCCCCACCAUUUACUCUCGUCUUGUUGACUAUUUCGAUGCACAUAUCCGCUCAACAGAGGCCGAGGUACCGUCGAAAGAGGGUGCCAAAGCUCUGAGACUCGUCGUCAGUGGGUCGGCUGCUUUGCCGACUCCCAUCAAAGCCAAAUUCGCCGAAAUAACUGGCCAGGUCUUACUUGAGCGGUACGGGAUGACUGAAAUUGGCAUGGGUAUUAGUUGCGGCCUGGAUAUCUCUCAGCGACUAGAUGGAAGCGUUGGCUGGCCAUUGCCUGGCGUUCAAGUGCGGCUAACAGAUAAAGGAACCGGCAAGAUCAUUGAAGAAGACAGUGAAGAGGAUGGAAUGGUUGAAAUCAAGGGCGAUAACGUGUUCCUGGAAUACUGGAAUAAACCUGAAGCCACCACGAAGGAAUUCACUUCUGACGGCUGGUUCAAAACAGGAGAUGUUGCGAAGCGGUCAAAAGACGACGGCGCUUACUAUAUCCAAGGCCGUGCAUCAGUCGACCUGAUCAAGACCGGUGGGUACAAAGUAUCAGCGCUGGAAGUCGAGCGUAGAAUACUCGGCUUGGAGAUUAUACAGGAAGUAGCCGUUGUCGGCAUAGCAGACGAGGAAUGGGGGCAGCGUGUUGCUGCAGUUGUGAAGCUGAGAGAUUGCACUGCCACCUUGGAACUGGGUGCCCUUCGGACGAAGUUGAAGGAGGAAAUGGCUCCGUACAAAAUCCCCACGAUACUGAAGAUUGUCGACGGUAUAGAGCGCAACGCUAUGGGCAAGGUCAAUAAGAAGGAUCUGCUGAAGAAGUAUUGGCCAGAUGCAUAG